AUGGAAGAAGACAGUAGUAUACCGACGAGUUUUUGGCUAGCGACUGCCUUUGCCGUUUCAGCAUGUGGCAGUGCCGUCAUUCUGUCCUUGCAACGUGUGUACGACCAUAAAACCCGCCAACGUCUAGAAGAAGCUGGCCCCGACCUUUCUCCACUCCAUUUCGACAAUGAGCGCGAUCUCACAGUCCCUUAUGCAGACAACGAUCGCACAACGCGAAUUACUUUUGAAACAGCCGUCCUCUUGCUCUUUGCAAUCUACGAUCUCUAUUCGACCGUGCAAUCGCUCUCGGACGAGCGAUCUAGUCUCGGUAUUUACACUGUCAUGGGUACUGCGUUCUCGCUUGCAACGUGGCUAUAUGCUUUUGCGCUUGCAGUGACCUCGCAACGGCACCGUUUGCCAAACGAUUGGGGAUUCGCGCUGAACUGUCAUUUGUGCGCCGUGUACUUUGUCGGCUUAAUCGUCGCCAUAUAUCAAUUUUAUGCACUGACACAACGCACGCAAGAUUCGGUGACAUGGUCCGAAGGUGUACCAAGGCUCGUGGGAUUACUCUUGACGAUGGAUAUGCUCUACGUUACUUCCACGGCUGAACGUGGUCCACCUUUCCUGGAUGAAAAUGGCCGUACGGUUAUCCAUGUCAAUGUGUCAUCCGUGUUUAGCUUCUUGUUCUUUACUUGGCUCCGACCUCUUAUUAAGGUUGCUUACACGAAACAACAGCUAACCGACGACGAUCUGCCGAGUCUGCCGCCCAUCUACCGUGGUUAUAAUCUCUUCUAUAUGUUCGGCUUUUCACGUGGUCGGCGCUUACUCUAUCGCAUCUUCCACGCGAAUCGAACGGCUAUCAUCAUCCAAAUCAUCACAGCGUUCGUGUCAUCGCUAUUCUACUACGUUCCUGCGUUUUUCAUCAACCAGCUAUUGCUCCUUAUCCAAGAAAUGGGUGCUGGUGGUCACCAGGAAACGGGCCUGAGGGAUGGUUUAUUGAUCGUUCUGGGACUCGGAACAUCUAUGAUAGUUCUGUCCGUCAUUGUCGGACAGCUCUGGUAUUGGGCUGCAUCGUCGGUCCAAGUACGUAUCAAGGCGAUGCUCAACAUUGAAAUUUAUCGCAAGACAUUGAGACGCAGAGACACGGGUGUGUCUGCUGGCGACGAUCAAAAUAAAAUUCAAGACGGCUCAAAGACGAACAAAAACAGUGACCACAGCGACAACGAUGGCGACAAAAAGAAAGGCGAUGACGAGGACGAAGAGGAUGUAUCAUCAACAGGCCAAAUUGUCAACUUGAUGAGUACGGAUUCCAACCGAAUUUCUGAGUUUAGCACCUGGUGGUUCACCAUCUUCGCUGCUCCUACCGAGUUGGUCAUUGGCAUCUACUUUCUGUACCAACUUCUUGGUCUCUCCUGCUUUUUGGGUCUGUCUGUCAUGGUGAUUGCGCUGCCGAUCAAUCAUUUUAACGCCAAGCUGUUCGCCAGUACUCAAGAUAAGCUCAUGGAUGCUCGUGACAAGCGUGUUUCACUCAUGAACGAAGUUCUUCAAGGUAUUCGCCAAAUCAAGUUCUUUGCCUCAGAAAAGGGGUGGGAAAAGAGAAUCAUAGAGUCAAGAAAUACCGAAUUGCACCAUUUGCGUACCACGUAUAUCUGUGAAUCUCUUUUCACUCUCAUUUGGCAAGGAUCACCUCUCCUGGUUACUAUUCUAUCAUUCUGGUCAUUUACAAUGCUUGAAGGCAAGGAAUUGACCGCUGCUAUAGCUUUCACGAGUAUUGUUGUGUUUGAUGAGCUUCGUUUUGCUUUGAACGCACUUCCCGAGACAUUUAUCGAGUUAUUGCAAGCCUUGAUUAGUGUACGUCGAAUUCAGCUUUAUUUGGAUCAAGACGAGAUCGAACCAGCUUCAGCGGUAGAUCUUACCAAGGAUGUGCGUAUUGCCUUCAACAAUGCUACCGUGUCUUGGACGUCCAAAUCUCCCAGCAUUGAAGAGCAAAACAGCACCGUGUCUUCGAGCAGUGAUGAAACGGCCUUGGAAUCGAACGCGUUUAUGAUAAAGGAUAUCAACGUCCACUUCCCCAAUGACAGGUUGAGUUUGAUUUGUGGUAGCACCGGUUCUGGCAAGACGCUGCUCAUGUUGAGUUUGCUUGGCGAAACUGUUGUGCUCAAGGGUAGCAUUGAUUGUCCUCGAACACCUAUCUGUGAGGAUGUUUCUGCUGACUUUGCGAUCCAGCAAUCCAUUCCAGAAGAAGACUGGAUCUUGGAUCAUGCCUUGGCCUAUGUCUCUCAAACAGCUUGGCUUCAGAAUGCAUCUAUCCGUGACAACAUUCUAUUUGGCUUACCUUACGUUGCAAAGCGAUAUGAAGCCACGCUUACGGCUUGUGCAUUGGACAAGGAUCUGUCUAUUUUGGAAGACGGUGAUAUGACCGAGAUCGGUGAAAAAGGCAUUACACUUUCCGGUGGUCAAAAGGCACGCGUCGCUUUGGCCAGAGCAGCUUAUUCUCGAGCAAAAAAUGUAUUGAUGGAUGAUGUCCUCAGUGCUGUUGAUGCACAUACUGCUAAGCAUCUUUAUGACAAGUGUCUUUUGGGUCCACUCAUGAAAGGACGUACUCGUAUCUUAAUUACGCAUCAUGUCAAACUUUGUUUGAACGGUACUGCCUAUUUAGUACAUGUUAGUGGCGGCCGUACAGACAUUGCUGGUACUCCAGCAGAACUUCGACAGUCGGGGUCUUUGGCGACUAUCAUGGACGAAGAACACGAAGAUCAAGAAGAACCUAUUGAAGAUGAGAUCCCAACAGAGCCCACUACUGAUACCACGGCAAGUACUUCCACCAGCGAACCUACCGCUGCAGAGACUAGUCAAAAAAAGCCCCGUGCAUUGAUCGAGGAAGAGGCUCGAUUCACUGGAAAAGUCAAAAUGAGACUGUACAAGAUGUAUUGGGCAAUGGUCGGCAGCUAUUUCUUUUGGUUCGUUUUCAUCGCAGCCGUGUUUGGAGCUCGUGCGCUGGAUAUUGCAGAAAUCUGGUGGGUCAAGGUCUGGACUCAAGCCUCCAAUUCAUCAAGCGUUCACAGCAUGACGCUACAAAAACAGCAACCAUUCGGCUACCUACCAGUUUUCUUGUCGUCUUCACCGUCUGGAUUCCAUGCCCUUGAAGGAGAAGAAUCUGGAGCAAGAGGCGUCAAGUUCUAUUUGGGCAUCUAUAUAUUGAUUACGGGCUCUAACAUUUUUAUUGGUACUCUGCGAUUUGUCCUGAUAUACUUUGGUGGUCUGCGAGCGAGUCGCAAACUCUACGAGGGUUUAUUGCAACGCGUGUUCCGUGCGCCUUUACGAUUUUUCGACACUACACCCGUGGGCCGUAUCCUCAACCGCUUCUCCAAGGACUUUGAAACCAUCGACUCAAACAUUCCCAGCGACAUGUUGAACUUUCUCAUCACUGCGCUUGAAGUUCUCUCCAUUGUCGUUGUGAUAACUUUCGUCCUUCCCAUCUUUUUCUUCCCAAUAGUCAUCAUUGUUGUGCUCAGUCUUGCUGUUGGAGCCAUGUUUGUCUCUACUUCGCGAGAACUUAAACGAAUGGACUCCGUGUCUCGCUCACCGCUUUUCAGUCACUUUUCCGAAACGAUCGUGGGUGUUGCUACGAUCCGUGCCUUUGGUGUGAGCCGCCAGUUUAUGCAAGAAAUGCUGAAACGAGUGGACACCAAUGCGCGACCGUACUACUAUGUCUGGUCCUUGAACCGUUGGGUGAGCACUCAGUUCUCCAUUCUUGGUGCCAUUAUCAGCAUUGUUGUUGGAAUGAUUAUCCUUUCCAGCUUGGAUCAUUUGGAUGCGUCAGCUGCUGGUUUCUGCUUGAGUUUUGUCUUGAGUUUCUCUAAUUAUAUGUUCUGGGGUAUCAGACGCUACACCAGCUUGGAAAUGAGCUUCAACGGUGUUGAGCGUGUUGUUGAGUUCAUGGAGAUGGAUCAAGAGGCUGCUACUAUCACUGAUGUUAGACCACCAUCGUCGUGGCCAUCCGAAGGUCGUAUCGAAGUGAAUGACCUUGAAGUCCGCUACGCGCCUGAUCUAGAUCCUGUAUUGAGAGGUUUGAGCUUCUCUGUCAAGUCUAGAGAAAAGAUUGGUGUUGUCGGACGUACAGGUAGUGGUAAAUCCACGCUUGCUCUGUCAUUCUUUCGAUUUGUCGAAGCUACACGCGGUAGUAUUGUCAUUGAUGAUUUGGAUAUCAAGCAUAUUGGUACCGAAGACUUGCGUGGCAGUCUUACUAUUAUUCCUCAAGAUCCCACACUCUUUUCUGGAACACUGCGCUCCAACAUGGAUCCAUUUGAACAAUUCAGUGACGAUGAUAUCUUUAGAGCUCUAAAACGUGUUCAUUUACUACCGUCAGACGAAAACAGUUUUGAUACCGAUGAAUUAGAAGCAGUCAACGCAAAUGUCUUCCGUGAUCUGGAAACAUCUGUGAGCGAAGGAGGCAAGAACUUUUCGCAGGGUCAACGACAACUUUUGUGUUUGGCAAGAGCCUUGCUCCGUCGUUCGUGCUUGGUCUUGAUGGAUGAAGCUACUGCCAGUGUAGAUUUCCAGACCGACAAGGCUAUCCAAAAAACAAUUGCGACCGAGUUUGCUGAAAGCACCAUUUUAUGUAUUGCCCAUCGAUUACAUACGGUCAUUGAGUAUGACCGUAUCUUGGUACUGGAUCAAGGACAAAUUGUUGAAUUUGAAAGCCCACUCGAACUGAUCAGGAACCCAGAUACUGUGUUCUACAAAAUGUGCAAAAACUCUGGAGAAUUUGAUAGUCUUCUUGCUCUCGCUAAGGCCAAGCAUGAACUUGUAGAUAUUUUAUAA